AUGAGUAACAUUCAAGUAGGAAAUGAGUAUGUUUUAAGGCCAACUACUUCAAAAUGGGAAGAACUCUUGAAUAAUUUCCAAUUAGAUAUAGCAUGGAAAAUGGUAGAGCUUGACCAGUUCGAAAUAAACUUUUUUGACAAUAUUGAGAUAAAUGGAGAGCUUAUGACUCACAUUGUUGCUCCUGUUUUUAGAAUGGGUGUUGACCAAAACCAGGAGAAGUUUCAAAACUUUGUAGCAAGUCAAGAAAGGCGUAGAGUUGACCAAGAUCCCAAUAAUGAUUGUGCACAUGUCAGACAAAAAACUGAUUUAAUUAUUACUUUGCCAACAGGACCAGCUUUAUAUGUGAAGUUUCAGGAAGACUUCCAGCAGGAUGCCCAAAAAAAAUAUGGAUAG